AUGGAAAACCAAUCUUUCGACGUUGUUGUUGUCGGCCGCGGGCCCGUGGGACUCUUUUUAGCAUGCGAGCUUCGUCUCGCAGGGCUGUCGGUCUUGGUUGUUGAGCGUCGUACCUCGGCCCCUCAUGCAGAGGGGGUAGCGGAGACCCGUGCUUUUGUUAUGCAUAGUCGGACACUGGAAAUCUUUGCCUUCCGCGGCCUUCUUGACAAGUUCAUCCAGGAGGGCGUGAAGAGUGACUGGUGGCACUACGGUGUUCUCGACACCCGCUUGGACUAUAGCGUAUUCGGGGACGAAACGAAGCAGAACUAUGUUCUUUUGGUUCCGCAGUACAGAACCGAAGAGAUUCUAUUGCAGUAUGCCGAGGAGCUAGGCGUCGUUGUCGUCACCGGAAUUCGCAUCGAAUCUGUGGAGCCGUUUCCUGAGUCUGCGAUGGUACAUGGAGUGUCAGUGAGCUCAGAUGGCAGCACCGGCGGAACCCCUUUCAAAGCAAGAGGCAAGUUUGUUGUUGGCGCAGAUGGGGUGCGCAGCACCGUCCGGAAAUCUGCAGGUAUCGCCUUUCCCGGUAGUCCAGCUACCCAUACAGCCAUGACUGGCGAGGCAACAUUGGGAGUACCCAUGCCAAAUCCCUAUAUUGUUCACAAUAGCUCCGGCCUCAUUAUCGGUGCGCAGCCGAAGAUACCUAGUGGUCGAGCUCGUCUUGGUGUCUUCACGCCUUCUCGUGCCCACGUAUCGGAAUCGACACCCGUCACAUUGGAAGAUUUCAACCAAGCAUUGAAGGAAGUUGCUGGCAUCGACUACAAACUUUCGAAUCCUUGCAUGCUCCGUCGCUUCCAUAAUGAGGCUCGCUGUGCCGAGGUAUACCGCAAACAUGGUCGCAUUUUUCUGGUCGGAGACGCGGCUCAUCAGCACCUCCCAGCCGGUGGCCAGGGGCUCAAUCUAGGCCUCCAGGAAGCAUUCAAUCUUGGAUGGAAACUUGCAGCGGUCAUUCGCGGCUGCGGUCCAGACUCGUUAUUGGAUACCUACGAGGCUGAACGGCGGCCAAUCGCUCUCGACGUAGUGGAGAACACCACUGCUCAGUCUCUUUUGUUCUUUGUUUCUACACGACCAGAUGGGCAAUUCGAAAAGCGAUGA